AUGACGACCGUUGUGGAUAUUUAUGGGUCUUCAAAUAAUAGUUCCACUGUUUCAACAAAUGAGGUUUGCCAGUUUUCACUUAUUUCGUGCUCACCUAAUUGUGACGAAGAUCAUUUAUGCAAUAAAAAUGGUUUAUUUAUCUCUGAAUCCGUUCACGAUGAAUCGUUUCAAAGAUCACCAUCGUCUUUCAAGACACCAAGUAAAGAAGUUUCUUCUCCUGGAUCAUUUGAACUUCCAUCAAUGCCGAGUGAUAAAAGUAGCUCUCGUGAUUGUUCAGAUGGACAUUGUUCAGUAAACUUUUUAAUCUCUUCAGAUUUAACUGAUACUGAUCAUUCAAACAGUGCAUGCUCUCUCUCUCCAUGUCCUCAAUCUAUUGGACAUUGUUCAAAUGCUAAUGAUGAAUGUUCUGUCUUGUAUUCAGAUCGAAUGCUAGAAAGUGCCUUCUACAGGUCUGUACGUACAGACAGCAGUCUUGAUAACCGCGCCAAUUCACAUACAUUUCACCCGGGUUUCACAGAUACUCAAGUGUCACAAGAUACAUUAUUUAAAACUUCAUAUUUAUGUAACAAAACUUCUGCAUUUACGUCUUUUGGUUGCAACAAUUUGGAUAAUGCUCAUUCUUUUCAGUACAAAAACCACAAUAAGUCUCGUGGAUCUGAUUUUCAGCACUUGUGUGAAACUUGUAUUUCCUCCGACAAAAUAACUACGUCAAACAACUCACCUUUAAAAGUUUGUUUUUCUGAAGCUGACCAUUGUUUUACUGAAGUCAUUGGGUGCUCUGCUCUCCUUGGUCACUCAAAUACUUAUCCAACAAGCUCUACAAAUUGCAUAAGAACAUCUAACUCUAUAGUAUGCUUUGAAUCUCAGGAUUUAAACAGUGUUUACCAAAGUUCGCAAAAUAUGUAUAAUCAUCUUCAGCGUCGAAAAACUGCAUGUGUCUCUGACGCUUCUGUGCCUUCCAGUGAUGGAUGUGAAUUCGUAUAUGACAGAACCGAAGUCCAAUCCUCAAAGGUAAAAAAUAUCACUGUACCAUCAGUUUAUCUACUAAAAGAAGUCGAUUCAUCCAUGUUUGGAAUUAAACACAAUAUUGUAAGAGACAAGUUUUUUAAUGAUGAUUAUACGUGUGACCCAGAUCCAAUAAUUAUGGGGUCAGGAAAAAUAUCAACCACUUCCUCCUUGGGAAAAAGAUCUUUGAAUGUUUACUCCAGUCCAACUGAUUCGAAGAAUUCUAUUCAUCCUAUUGAACCAAAACAGUUAUCACCUAACUAUGACUAUUAUUUACACAAAACUCCAGUAAUUUCUAUAGCUUAUCCUACAAAUGACCGUAAUAAGAAUGCAGUGUUACUUCAAGAAUCAAUGAAAAAUACCGAUAGGAAAAUCUCAUCACAAAAUUUGGACCCGAGACAUCACUGGAAAAGUAAUGCAACAAAUUCAACGACUAAAACUAAUUGUUUUCCAGUGGUUGAAUGUCAAGAUUCUUUUGGGUCGAAAUGUAAGCGGAAGGGUUCAAAAGUUCUUGAGCGUGGUGGUAAGCGUCAUAGAUCAUUAAAUGAUAAAAUCCGUGAAAAUAUUUCAAAUCACUCUCCUGCAGAUGCAUUAAUGGGUCCUGUUUUUUUACAAAAUGUCAAUCGUUUUCUGCAAGAUCCUCCACUCCAUCAUUCAUUCGACUUAUAUCCACCGAUUCCUUCACCAAGGUUUCCUCAAAAUCGUUUUUCGAGGGACUACACUAAUGAUGUAAAUAUACGAGGCCGGAAGUACUUUCGUUUUCCUUUGUCUUUAUGUAAACCUGAAUGUAGACCUAUUCCGGAUGACAUUAUUUUGCGAUUCUUAGCUCAACGUCCUGAUACCGAAGAAAAAAUGAAUAAUUUAAAUCAUGAAAAUUUUUUAUCAGAUGCAUAUAAACGCACUUUUAGUCGAAACUCCUAUUCUAAUUAUAUUUCUCCUUCUCCUGUAAACCAAGUAUCUCCCCUCGACCUCUUAACAUCAAACCAGCCCUGUGACAUGUAUACUAAUGGUUGCAUAACACCUCCUCUUUAUCACACAGUCAGCGACAAACAUUCUCUUGGAUCCGGGUUCAUAACCGGUCACAACUCUAAUCAAAAGUAUUGUGAAGAGGUUAUUUUAUGUAAUCGACUUAAUGGCGAAGCACAUGCAACCUGCUCGUAUUGUAAAAUGCAAAUAAUGUUACCUCAGAAAACAUUCAAAUGGAAGUCUCACGAUAAAGAAAGCUGCUUACCAUUUUGCAGUUCUAGCUGUUUAGCAAGGUUGAAACGACAGGGACCUAACUGUAUGACGUCAUUUGUUCCUGAUGCCAGCAAUUUUGAUAUUCCCUUUACAGUUACUUCAACAAUCGAAUCUCAACCGCUUAUCAUCUUAGUUAAAAGUAAUCAUCCUAAACGUAUGAAGCAAUCUUCUAAACGUCUUUCUUCUCAAGAUUUACAAGUUAAUUUCAAAGAAGUCCCAACGAAACAUCUAAUCGUAUGUUAUUUGGGGUUAGCUCUACUGUGA